AUAUUAUAGGGCGCACGUAGAUAACUCUUUGAACGUUUUUAAUGCGUGCUUGAGUGGCAAAAUUUGUGCGUCCUAAAAAAAUAGAGUACCUACGUACGACUCCGUUUCCUCAUUUCUGAAUAGUAUUGGAAACGGGAUCAAAGUUGCUCGAAAUUGGCAUUAUUUUUAUUAGUUUUUUUCCACUACCGAUAAAUUCUGUAAAUAUGACAACUUGUACGUUUAGACAACGCAAUCAUUCAUUGACGAGCAGUGUUACAAUCAAUUCACAUUCAAAAUGAAACCGGCGAUCUGUUUUAUGUGCUGCACUUUUGUGGUUAGUGUGGUUUUGUGCAGUGAGAAAUUUGUUUGCCAGGAGGGAGUACCUUACAAGGAAAAUGAGUGUGGGGAGUGCGUUUGCACAAAGGAUCAGGAGUUGAAAUGCGGAGACAACAAACCAUGCUUAGACCCUCGGGAGACGCUACUCUUCAAUUGCAAAGUUGGUACAAAAAGUGAGAAAGGAUGCAAUAAGUGUGAGUGCGUCGAGAACUUAGGGACUGUUUGUACGAAUUACGUGUGCGAAGAAAAGGCGACAGUAUGAUUUAGGUUUAGCUUAACAAUUAUUGUUCCCAUUCAUCCAUGUAAACUCAUCCACAUGUAGACCUAUUCUAUUAUUUAUCCUUUAUUUUUUUAAGAACAUAGCGAGCUCCAUGUGUGUGCCAUCAGUCGAGUAAUUCAAGCACGUGUGUUAAUAAAGUAUUGGUACAUACACGAA